CUUCUUGGUCUUCAAUUUUUUUUUUUUUGGAAAAAAAGGCAAAAAAAAAAAAAAAAAAGGCAUAUAAUGUUUACUCUACUGUUUGAAGCUUGCUUUGAUGUCUAGUCUUGAUGGGUUUCCUUUUCUCAGUCCGGCUUUCUUGAAAGAUAAAAGCUUGGGUGGUGCAUGUGCGAGUCUGUUGCAUGACGACCAUCAAAUACGAGUGGCCCAUCAUAUCAUAUCAAGCCCUCACGAAGGGACUCUCCAAGAUGAUGCAGUGCUGAGACAUCACGUACUUGCGAAGAUGGGGACCUACUCCAAUAGAAACCCUAUGAUACCUGAAGCUACAGCAGGGGCGUCUGUUCCACAUUUUACCUGGUUUUAUCCCGGGAGUUUUCUCUCUGCAUCAAAAACCAGCUCAAAUCCUUUUCAAGGAGUCCAAUUAAACCCGCAACCUAAUCUUCCUGUUGGCCCCAUUCGAACCAUUGCUGUCACACCUGAACCAGUGAACGAUAUCGACUCAGCAACUAAACCUGCCAAAGGUGGAAAACUUAAGAAUUCUGUGAAGGGUUCUAACCAGGUUGCAUCUAAGGUUUUCAGACCAAAGCAAACCAAAAAGACUCCUAAAACAACAAAGGGAAAAAGUAUGCCUGAAGGAAAACGAGAAAAGAAGAUUCUGAAUAAUAUUCAUAUGGAGAAAGCAGACUUUGAUUUCUCCAGGGUGCCUCCUCCCUACUGUUCUUGUACAGGUGUUGCCAGAUUGUGCUACAAAUGGGGAGCUGGUGGAUGGCAAUCUUCAUGUUGCACCAUUAACAUAUCAGAAUAUCCUCUGCCCAUGAGUUCUACAAGACCUGGGGCUCGUGUGGCUGGGAGGAAGAUGAGCAACGGAGCAUAUGGGAAACUUCUACUGAGACUUGCAGCUGAGGGUUGUGAUCUUACUCAUCCAGUUGACUUGAAGGACCAUUGGGCAAGACACGGUACCAACAAGUUUGUUAUAAUCAAGUAGAGCUGUGGAGAAAAGGAUAGUUAAAUAUUUGUUAGUGGCUAUCAUUAUUCCCAUGUUUCUUGUAGAUCUAGUUUAUUGCUGAAUCAUAGUUAAUCAAAUUAAUUAUCUGGAUAUUAGUCUCUCUGAAGUUUUCUAGAAUCUAGAACUUAUUUGGAACAAAAUGCUGCUUCAAAUAGGGCGAACUCUUCUUAUAACUUCA